AUAGGAUUUCAUGCGCAUAUCAUUGCCAUUCAUAUUAUGAUUUUAUCAUGGUAUAAGACCAGUGAAGGUUCAAUUGACAGCAAGAGUUUGCUGCAAACAAUCGACUUCGACGGCAAGGUUUUGUUGCGUUCAACAAUCGACAAUGACUGACACUAUAGCCAAGAAUGGAUCCAAAAUGGAAAAGAGAGAGAUAGGUAUCCUUAAGACAACAGAUCCAGAUUCACCCUAUUUUCUCCAUUCCAGUGAUGAUCCAGGGAGGGUCUUAGUCAUGACUCCCUUGACCGAGGAGAAUUACCACACGUGGAGAAGGAGUAUGCAGAAUGCCUUAUUUGCAAAGAACAAGAUGGGGUUUGUUGAUGGGAGCCUUAAGAGACCAAACGCAGAUUCCCCAGAGUAUCAGGCUUGGACAAAGUGCAAUUCUAUGGUGCUUUCAUGGUUACCUAAUGCUCUCUCUAGGGACUUGCAGGGAAGUGUGGCCUAUGUGGAGAGUGCUGCUGAGGUUUGGAAUGACUUACAUGAAAGCUUCUCACAAGGAAAUGCAUCUCGGGUACAUGAAUUAAAACUCGAACUUGCAACCACCACACAACAGUCAAGAUCAGUAGCAGCAUAUUUCACAAAAUUGAAGCCUAUAUGGGAUGAACUACAAGCAAAUGAGCUAGUGCCGACAUGCACUUGUGGUUGUACAUGUGGUGCAGCAAAGGAGUAUAUGAAGGCACAAGAAACAGAGAAAGUCCAUCAAUUUCUCAUGGGAUUGAAUGAGAAUUUUUCAACUGUUCGAUCACAGAUCUUAAGCACAGAACCCCUCCCAUCACUGAAUAAGCUGUAUGCAAUGACUACCAAAGAGGAGAAGCAACAAGCAGUGGCUGCAUCUAGAAGUCCAAUUAUAGAAGCAACAACCUUGGCAGCAAAGAUGAACCACACUGGGAAAUCUUCCAUGCCAAGGAAGCCACGUUGUGAUCAUUGCAAGAAGAUACGCAGUGACAAUGGCAAAGAGUUCACUGAAGGAGUUGUGAAAGAAUUUUGUUUUAAGAAAGGUAUCAUACAACAAACAUCAUGUGCCUAUACGCCUCAACAAAAUGGCAUUGUUGAGCGUAAACAUCGUCACCUCCUUGAGGUUGCACGUGCCCUCAGAUUUCAAGCUAAUUUACCCUUGAAAUUUUGGGUUGAAUGUGUUCUCACUGCAGGUUAUUUAAUAAAUUUAACUCCUACCCCUGUUCUUUCGGGUCUCACACCAUUUGGAAAACUUUUUGGUAAAACUCCUGGUUAUUCAAAUUUAAAAGUGUUUGGGUGUCUUUGCUAUGCUCAUAAUCACACCAAGAAUUGUGGAAAAUUUGACUCUAGAGCAUCAAAAUGUGUUUUCAUCGAUUACCCUUAUGGACAAAAGGGUUAUAAAGUUUAUGAUUUGGAAACUAAUCAAAUUUUCAUUUCACGUGAUAUAGUUUUUUAUGAGAAAAUCUUCCCAUAUGCAUCUAUUUAUAAUUAUAAAGAUUGUGUGGCUUCACCUUGCUCUGGUAUCACGCCACCCAACUUGGAAACUCAUUUUUUAGCUUCUGAUGAUAGUGUCUUAGAUAACACCAUUGAUAACCAAAACCAUUCUGAAACAAUGGAAGAAGCACAAGUUGUCGACAUUGAUUUGGAGACCAAUGCAAACCACCCAGAUCAAGAUCAAGCAGUCCGACCUCCUCGACUACAACGUGAGAGGCGUGUCCCCCAAAGGCUUGAUGAUUAUGUUAGCACCAUGCCCCAGUCUGUUAUGCCUAUGCAAGCUCCAUCUCAAUCAACUAACUCAGGUGAUCCCUAUGCUCUAUCUAAUUGUGUCUCUUACAAUUCUUUUUCAUCCACUCAUCUCAAUUAUUUAGCAGCCAUCUCUUCCGUAGAUGAGCCUAAAUCCUUUUCUCAGGCCAUUAAAAAUGAAAACUGGCGAGAAGCAAUGAGGCAAGAGGUUGUUGCACUUGAGAAGAAUGGCACUUGGACAAUUGAGACAUUGCCUCUUGACAAACGUGCAAUUGAUUCCAAAUGGGUCUAUAAGAUCAAAUUCAAGCCAGAUGGAAUUGUUGAACGGUACAAGGCUCGCUUAGUAGCAAAGGGAUUUACUCAAAUUGAAGGGCUUGAUUUUCAUGAGACCUUUGCUCCUGUUGCUAAAAUGGUCACUGUGAGGACAUUACUGGCUCUUGCUUCGAUUAAGCGCUGGGAACUACAUCAAUUAGAUGUUAAUAAUGCCUUCUUGCAAGCCCAAAAGCUAUCUAAAUUCCAUUUGAAACGGGCCAUAGUCCAUCCGCUAACUAUUUCUUCCCAAACGUGGUUGCACUUGAGUUGCUUUUACUCAUUCAAACCUUCCCAUGGUGCUUCAUGCACCAUAUCAACUCCUUUACCACCAUUUCAUCUGCUGACAAUGUGGCAAGGUCACAGCCCCCUUUCCAUCAGGUUUUGUGCUAUUUUUGGGUAUAAAGAGUAGGUUUCACUAAUCUGCGAUAACUCAGUGAAAUGAAGGGAAAGAAGGCACAGUAUGGUUCUCAUCUGCCGAACCUGCAUUUGAUGUGUUCAACAAAAAUGGUUAGGCUUU